AUGUGUAUUACUGUAUUGUGGACAUGUUUAAUGCAAGGUCAACACGUGGGGGGCGUGUUGCCUGCUACACGCAGGGGGCGUGAAGAGACGUGGCGGAACCUCGUUGGUUGUAGCCCGAAUCACGCCGGGGGCGUGUUGCCACAGCACGGGAAAGGCGUGCUGUCGUGGCGCAAUGUCAUUGGCUGGAGAAGGAAUCACGCCGGGGGCGUGUUGACUCAGCACGGGGGGCGUGGUGACGUGGAGCUAGCACGCGGUAGUGCAAUGGAGGGUACCGCAAAGUUGGUGGUGUAUCGCAACGGUGAAAUAAUUCGCAAUACUCAUGAGGGAGUGAGGUUUGUCUGCCAGAAUCCGUUUUCGUUUGUGGUUCCAUUCACCAUGACGUUAAUGGAGCUUCAGAACGGUCUCUGUCAAAGUAUGGAGAACGGUACGUUAAUGAGAGUGAGCAGAAUUUUGUACCGGAAUCCAGUUAUAGUUUUUGGUGGUCUAAUACAAUUUGAUACCAUGCCGAUCACUAACGAAGUGAGUAUGCAGAAUAUGUUUCAAAUUUAUCGGCAGACUCAGAUGCGACAGCCACAGAUUGAACUAUAUGUUGAGUUUGAAAGCGUAGAGACAGAAGGGAUUCAAAAUGUUUUAGAUAUGGAGGAUGAUAGAGCUGCAGUGUACGAGGGAAUAGAUAGUGACAGCGAAGAGGAUUUUGAAGCCACUUAUGAAGCCGACGAUGAAGACGAGGAUGGUGAUGUGGGAGUUGAGACAGCAACGGAGAAUAUAGUGGUUCAUCCCUCGAGCAGUCAACCGAUGAACGUACCACCAUUCAUGCGUGAGUUGGAUCUCGACGCCAUGCAUGCACCGGAAUUUCCGGAAUAUGUAAACAUAGGCAUUGCUGAUCCUGAGGAUGGAGAGUUCCGGAUUGGAAUGGAAUACAGGUCCAGAAAGUCAGUGGUGGCUGCAAUUAGAAGAUACACUAUCAUUAGAGGAGUUGACUACGAUGUGUAUGAGUCUGAGCCACAGACCUUCUAUGCAAAAUGCAAGAUGUAUGGGCGUGGGUGCGACUGGCUUAUCCGAGCCAGCUUGAUACGGAAAAAAGAUUGUUGGGAGAUACGCAGAUACAAUGGAAGGCACACGUGCACAAUGGGAACGAUUUCACAGGAUCAUUCCAAGUUGGACUCGGAUACCGUUGCUGAUAGUAUAUUGCCGUUAGUCGAGACUGACCCGUCAAUCAAGGUGAAAUCUAUAAUAGCGGAAGUCCAGUCAAGGUUCAACUAUACCAUCAGUUACCGAAGGCUUGGUUGGCAAAGCAGAAGUCCAUAG